GGGGGCGGGUGGUGAAUGGGAGGAGGUGGAGGAGGGAAUCCAGAUGGGAAGGAGCAGCAUCGGCGCCGCAGGAGAGAGAUAGAGAGGAGAGGCAGACUGUGGAGGAGAAGACGCGAAGCUCCGUCUCUGCCUGGAGAUGAAAGAUACUUUUCUCGACCACUGAACAAUCGGAUAUCACUCGGUGCUGCCAUGUAUUUUGGUAAUGUGUGCCACAGCGUUCUGCCGCCGCCGGCCCGCCCCAUGCUGUGCAGGAACCAGCCGUCCCUCGAACCGAAGCCCCUCCUCCCCUUCCACCUGCUUCCUGGAUUCACUGACAUGGACCACGUCCAUAAAGCUCUGAUGGGCCCAGGCUUUGGCCUAACAUCGCCGCUGAAGAGGAAGCCCAACUCCUGUGGAGUGUGUCGACUGAGGUUCAACUCUGAGGUGCAGGCUUCUUCCCAUUACAGUGGCACCAAACACGCAAAAAGGCUGAAAUCUCUGGACGCCCCAGAUACAAAGAUCAGGACCUCUGAACCAGUCGCCAAGGAAACCACAUCGCAAAUCCUCUCGUCACCCCACUCGCAGCCCUCCAGCUCUGACACAACAUCAGGAGAACCCUCAGCCCCGAACCCUACCUCUGAGGCAGCACCAUCGAGUGACAGCCCCACCGAAACUGUGAAAGCGGCGUCUGAAACAUCACCAUCACGCAGCCCAAGGACAUCAGAGAAAGAGGCGCAAAGGGACGGAGACAUGGAGGUUACCCCUGAGGAGGAGACAGAAGAAGAGAAAGCUAUACGUCUUCUCUACUGCUCCCUCUGCAAGGUGGCUGUCAACUCUGCCUCACAGCUUCAGGCCCACAACAGUGGCACCAAACACAAGACGAUGCUCGAGGCUAGAAGUGGCGAUGGAGCCAUCAAGUCCUUCCCCAGGACGGGGGUGAAAGCCAAGUUGGCUACGCCGUCUGAGUCGUCGACUGGACUCCAGAACAAAACCUUCCACUGUGAGAUCUGCGAUGUGCACGUCAACUCCGAGACUCAGCUCAAACAGCACAUCAGCAGCAGGAGACACAAGGACAGAGCAGCAGGUAAACCAGCUAAGCCUAAGUUCAGCCCCUACACUCCCACCCAGCGUCACCAGAGUUUCCAGGCAAUUCGACUGGCUCUACGGAAGAACCAAGACCUGACCAAACCUUUGGCUUCGUGUCUUUUACAGCGUCAACUUUCCGUUGCCGCAGCCGCCGCUGCUGCCACCAUGGGGACGCUGCCACCCUUCCCUCUCCGGCCCGCCUCAAACUCGAGCCCUGCCCUGUUUCAGAGUCAGCCCCUCCCCCAGGCGUUGCUGCACCCAGCCCCGGGACCCAUCUGUUCGACACACACGCCAGUUCUGUUUCCUCCCUACUGAACCUGCUCGAACGUCUCAAUCAAGCUCUGAACUACAGCAACGAAGCAGAGCUGAGAUCUGAACAAGAUGUGAUACAAGACAGCGCUCGCUGCGCUCCACAUGCCGACAGACGCAGUGGGUGUCACGGACCAGGACUGAAGACUGUUUGCUGGGGCCAGCGCUGUAAUGACAGGCCGGGGAUGGAGGAAGUACAAAGCAGCGAAUGAGCGAAAACAGAGUAUUUUCUGACAUGAGCGUGUGUGUGUGUGUGUGUGUGUGAAUGUGUGAGAGUGCAUGCACAGAUGUAGCCAUCACAGAAGUACAACUUUAUACAGCAUUUUUGCUCCCAUUAAUUUUUUAUGGAUUUAUAGAUAAUCUGUAACAUUUAGGAAAGUCCCUCUUAAAAUGGACUGUGCAGUCUAAUUCAAUAUCGAUUUAAGAUUAAAGAUGCAGAAUGGUGAACUUCCAUGAUGACUAUAACUCUGUGUACAGUAUGAAUGAACAUAUGAAUGCCAAUCAGAGCAUGCUUGACUCAAGAUGUUUAUUAUUUUCCAAUAAACAAUAGCUGUGGAGACUCAAAUUGGAUUCCAGAAAAUUCUCAUGGGCAGCCUCAUGGGGUCAUUAAUGAAAAUGUCUCCAAAAACCAAUUUCAUGCUUCAAAACGUGCAUUUAUUAAAUGAAUAAGUGCAAUAGCAUUUCAGCGUAACAUCCAUCAGUUUGUGGGAUGGAUCUUUGUCACAACAGAUUUAUUAAAUAAGACACAAUGAAGGAACAAAUGUCUCCCCUGGUCCUUUCAGCUCCUUGUGUACGUGUUUGACCAGACACAGCCAGAAACAUGGAUGAGCCAAGAUGCAGUCAGGCAUCACCUCCCCCCAAAACCCAUAGCUCUCUGUAUUCAGACUCUUACCUAAGCCCAUUUCAUCCUCCUUUGCUACUUAGCAGCACGCAAAAACAAUCUUUCCUUGGUCUGUGUUCAGGUAUUUGCCUAAAAACACAACAAAAAGGACAAAUCCAUAGCCUUUAUUUGGCUUCAGGAGAUCUUGAAGACUUUUUUUCCCCCAACUAUUUAUUACUUGAGAGUACAGAUAAACCUUUGCCCCCCUCCCCCCCAACCCCUCCAGCUUCAUCCUCUGAGAUAAAUCAAAGCAGGAAUGUUCUGUCUGACUUUAUUGUCUGUCUUUUUGAUGAGGUUUACCACACUGCAGCCUCAAGCCAUGACCAGCUCAUUUUGGUAAGCUUAUGUUUUAGAGGAAGUUAAUUCGAAAAGCCCAGAGGUAUAGAGAGAGAGAGAGAGUGUGUGUGUGUGUGUGCUGCUGCUGCUGCUUCAGUACAGUCUCUGAUCUGAGAGGCUGCAGUAGGUUUGUGAUUUAGAUACACUUCAAGCAAGCUUAUAGAUUUUGUCUCAGGGCUGUUUUUCUCUGCAUCGUCUCUGCAUGAGGUUGAUUUAUGUGAAAAAGACACAACUGUAAACUCUGAAAACUGUAAACUGUGACUAAAUUUGUGUGAUCCCUGAUGAAAGUCCAUCCUGACAUUAUCUGACUGAUGGUUAUUUUAACCUUUCUCACAGACAAGACUCAGGUCAUCAGGUCAGAGGCUAUGCGAUCACUGCUUUUUCAACUCUCUAUGACUUCUCCUCUUGUUUUCAUCUUCCAUCAGCCAACUGACACCAAACUGGAUUAAUUAGCUCGAUAUUUUCUGCCUCUGCCUCCCGCAGUCACUCCAAAGUAAAUAAUUCCACCAGCCAAUUCACAGAAUUAUCAUCCAAUCAAUCACAGCCUCCCGAUUCUCCCACUUGUCACAGCGGUCAUUAUUAUUAUUAUUAAUUGUGUGGGGUAGCGAUUGUGAACAUCUGUGUGUGGGAUGCUCAAUUCUCCACAGGCCGUUGGAAUUCAGACCUCCUCUGGCCUCCUAACUCCCUGUAUCAUUGCCUUGCCAGCCUUCACUGCCUUUUCUCCUUCACUUUUUGUCAUAUUUCUCUUGUUAUCUCAUGAUUGCGCUAACUCUCUUCGCUGGCUUUCUGUCUCUCAACCCUCUAUCAAAUUUGUGGCAUGCACACACACACGCACACAUAAACACAUGUCAGCAACACAAAGGCCUGACUUGGCAUCCAGGGAAUUUUUCAUUCCCUUCUACCUGGAGAGAGUACAAAGGCACAAAGCAGAGCUGUGCAUGUCAUGUGAGGGCAGCUUUGCUUGCUGUUCACAUAGAGAAAGACUAUAAUAAGCUUUUGGCAUUUUGGCUUCUGCACAUUGCAUUUGAAUUCAAAUCAUAAAACAAAGGUGGUCAUGGGUAAUUGCAAUGAGACUAUGCCCAACAGAAAUGAGGGAUGGAAAAAAUUCUUUUAUGAAACUCAACUGGAAAUAAAACAUAAAAAGUACAUUUUAAAAGUCUGUAUACAAUUAAGUGCUGUGUGAUUAAAGGUUAUUAAGAUAAAUACUGAAUGAAGGAAAUCUUGAUGCUACAAAUCAUAUCAUGUAGUCAACUGAAAUAUAUCACCAAAAUACCACUAAGACAGUAGAACAGGUCAGCAUUUUAGAAGAUACAAUUUGCUUUAAUGUUGAGUGUUAGAUGAGAAGAUUGAUACCAUUUUGUUA